CGCCCUCCGCGGACCCCUGCCCGGGCCUGCGCGCUGGGAGCGGGCUCUGAUGCCCCCGGGCCGGUCCAGGCAGGCAGCGCCGAGUGGGCGGGCUGCGGAGGACACGCGCGACACUUCGGGAGGUGGCCGCCCCUCCCCGGCCGGCCGCAGGGGCAGGGUCUGGACCGCGCCGCCCCCGGGACACACCCAUCCAGGAGGGGCUGUCACCGCCUUGGUCUCUGCGGGAGGUGGAGGCCCAAUAAACCCCCUGGGGCAGGGAGGUGGCUUGGCUGUCGCCCCCAAGAGCCUGCUUUGUGACCUUGGGGGGCCUUGUCUGAGCAUUCCCUCAUCUGCAGAUAGAGCCCCUGUGGGCUGCUUUGCUGUCCUCUGUGGCUGUAGGUGGGUAGAGAAACCCAUUCCUAGGGGUGGAUGGGGUCUGGACUGCCCCAUGUGCCAGCGGAGGUAGGACAGAAGCUGGCCUUUGGUCAGGGACCCUAGAGGCAGGGGGAAGGGGAGAUACAGGCACUAUGAGAUGCAGGUCCCUAGCUCUGCCUGUGUGGGGAAACCUUGGCACUUGGUUUGGCUCAACAAGUGUUGGCAGGUCUGGGGAGUUGGCUGAAGUGGUGAGGGGGCAGCCCUCUGAGAUCUGGGAUGGCCCCUAUGGAUAUACCUGCACCGGGAGCAAACCCAGGAGAGUAGGGGGAGUCAAAGUCCAUGGACAGACAGGAUUGCAGUGAUCAGGGAAGGAAGUCUCCUUGGAGGACCUGAAGGCCUGAAGGGCCUUGAGGUCAGUGGGGCCACCCAGAUGGAAAGAAGGGGACUAGAAACAAGUGUACCCACACAUAUCCUCCUAUUCCCCUAAGUGUGUUUCCUUGGGUUUGGGACUUUUGUGGAGUGUUUCUAACAGUUUUUAGGCUUUGCCACUUCUUUCUGUCCUUGUCUCUAUUCCUUCUCUUGGAAGCUGUCUUGUCACACUCAGCUCUAAAUGUCUGCAGCACCAUAUCCCAGGGUGCAGGGCCCCAGUGGAAAUGAGGGUCUGGGAUGACUCGGGGAUUUACAUUGAUGAGGCUGCUUAACCUGACCCCCUGUGGCUUCUGACCUGGAAUCAGAUGCCAAGGGAGUCGUGAGCAAAGUAAGUUUUCAGUGGUUUGACAGGUUGGAAAGAGACGGGAGAAGGUGUGGGUCUGGGGCUGGCAGAGAACUCAGGUCUGAGUUGCCAGAAUAUAAACUCUAACAUUCCCCCUGAAGUCCAUUUUUCAAAGUAUUCUGUCCUGAACCUUGGGUUGGGGCACAUGGGAUGUCUGGCUCUGGGCCUGCUAGGGGGACUGCUGUCCUCUGCCGGGGCUGGUCCUCCCCUUCUCUGGUCAUUGGUGUGGGUAGACUUCUUGGGAGAAGAGGCUUUACCCUGGAUCCUCUUUGGAGGCAGAGACUCUCCAUUGCUUCUGGGGUGAUUUUCAGUUUGAAGGACCCCCCAGUAGUGGUCAUCCUGUUCUGGAGCACAACGGUAGGACCAGAAUGUUGAGUUAAAAAAAUUCCAUGUCUGUCGCAUCAACCGCAGGCUUUACAGCCAUUUCUUCAGUAACUUAUGCGAAUGUUUGUUGUGUGUCUGGCAUGGGAGGGGAUUCAGAGAUGAGCAAAGGGAGCUCCUUUGACUGUACUUAGACAAAAGACAGUUCCAUAAAUAUAUUAAAAAAUGUGGGUGCUGCAAGGGAAGAAUACAAGGAACCCUGUGUAACAGGCAUCCAGGGGGGCCACCUCCAGAAGGUCCCUGAAGAAAAGGGGAAGAGAGUUCUGGAGAGGGGGAAUGGCACAUGCAGAGGUACUGAGGUGAGGCGAACGUGGGAUACUUUAUUCCAAAGUCAUGAAGCUCGCUUCUUUUGUUGGGUCCUCACAUAUGGUGGCCUGGCCCAUGGGCAUCUGAGGUUGCUGCUCUAGUGGUGGCCAGCCAGGAGACAGCUCUGGGGUGCUUGGCACGGCAUCUGGGCUCAGCCUGAAUUGGCAGCCUGAGGCCUUCCUGAGAAAAGCCCUAGUCUGGGCCUCAGGUGGGUGGUGGUUGGGAAACUGCAGCUGAGUGUUCUCAGGUCCCCAAGUGCUGGCAGGGCCGAGUCCUCCUGGAGGUGGCUAGGGUAACAUGCACACAGCAAGUGUGUUUCUACGUUUCAGACAUUUUCACACACCAGAGACCCUGGGGGCUUCUGAGAGAGGCUGGAGACUGGUGACCUACUAGGCAUCACUGUGACCUGAGGCUUUGGGGCCAGUGAUACUGGAACUAGGAUGGGGGCUGGAGGGAGGAAAAUGUGACGGUCAGGACAGAGGUGGCUUCUGGAUGCCAGUGUGUCCCAGCCUCUGAACUUGGGUGGGCCUGCAUGAGCACUCAGAGUUUCCUGGCUGUUACAGUGUGAAUUUUAAAGCAGCUGCUCAAAACAAUUCAGAAAAUGAGCAUCUGCUGCCUUAGUAACAGGAAAGUGAUGGGUUAUGGAGAGCUAAGCACUGAGCAGUUUCCUCCCAUGCGUCCUGAGACACUGGGCUGGUGGUCUGUGCUGUGCCCAUGUGAGUCACCCAGUCUUGUAGGUGUUCUGUGGCAGAUACUGUCUGCUGAGAGAGCUGGGUGGGCCCCUGCACAGUGUGGCCUGACAUUUCAGGAUCCCCUUGGGGUUUAUACCCUCACGCCCAGGAUUCUGGGGUGGGCUUGGCUUGUGCUGGGCAUGGCCCCAUUCACGUCUGUGAUACUGAUGGUGUGGGUCAAGUUUAUACUCAGAAAGGAGCCAUACAAAGUGAUUCUCAAAACCAUGGCUCAGCCCUGCCCUUGGGACUCCACAGGGGGCUGGUGAAGGAGAUGCAGCUGAAUGGAGGCCCCAGUGCCUGCAGCUGCCAUCCUGCUGUGCCCAUGGCCCUGGGCUCCAGGGGUCAGCAUGGCUGUGUCUCCCUUGAGACUCUGGGCUGAGCUGUCUGUAACACUGUUGGGAGGGUAGGACCCUGUAGCCUCUGGGGCUUUGGAACUUAGGAGUCAAAUCCCCACGCUUGAAGAAAUGUCACAGGGCACGUUCCAUCAUCUGUGCUGGUCCACAGAGGAGCCAAGUCUCCCUGACAUGCUGCACAGAACGAGAGAUGAGGGCAGACGGGUUAAUGCCUGCUUCUGGCCCCCGCUUUUCCCUGUCCCACAGGAAGGAGCCUGACCCACUUGCUUCUUGGGGCCUGUCUUACCAGCACUGCCACCCCCCAUCCCCUCUCCCUAUCGUGCCUUGCAAGUGCCUACAGCCUGGCUGCGAGUAGACCUCUCCUGGGCAUUCCGCUGGUCUCCUUCAUGUGUUAAGGACUGGGCCCAGCAGAGGCUCUCCCAGGGAGGAUGGCAGCCCUUCACACAAUGCCAGACUCCCCGACCACCCAGCUGGAGAGGAUCGAGGAUGGGUCAGAGUGUGAUGCUGACCAGGAGGAGGAGGAGGAGGAAGAAAGAGGGGAAGAGGAGGAGGAAGAGAUAGUAGUGGAAGAGGAGGAGGAGGUAGAGGACGUGGCGCAGGUAGAAGAGGUGGCAGAGGUGGAGGUGGGGGCAGAGGAGGAGGAGGAGGACGAUGAUGACGUGGAGGAGGUCCUGGCAGAGGAGCAGAGUCCAGCAUUGGGGACCCAGGAGCAGCUGAGCCCUGGUGGUGAUGCCAAGUCCCCAGUGCUUCAGGAAAAGGCCCUGCAGGCCUCCGGGCUUCCAGCCACUCCUGGGGAUGAGGACCUGGAGGAGGAGGAAGAGGAGGAGGAGGAGGAUGAUGAUGAGGAUGACUUCCUGACAGCUGGGUCUCAGGGGCUAGUGACCUUUGAAGAUGUGGCUGUGUACUUCUCUCUGGAAGAGUGGGAAAGGCUGGACACAGACCAGCGGGGUCUGUACCAGGAAGUCAUGGAGGAGAACUAUGGGAUUCUGGUGUCCUUGGGGUACCCGAUCCCCAAGCCCGAUCUGAUCUUCCGGCUGGAACAAGGGGAAGAACCAUGGGUCCCAGAUAGCCCCCGGCCUGAGGAGGGAGACAUUGUCACUGGCGUCUACACAGGAGCCUGGUUCUGGACUGAUGACAUGGAGGACCAUGAGGAGGAAGAUGACGAGGACUUCCUGGCAGAGGUGGCUGAGGAGGAGAAUGAGCCCCCGGGGCUGUGGUCAGCGGCCUACGGCGUGGGGGACGUACCUGGGACAUGGGGCCCUGAUGACUCGGAUUCAGCGCAGACUCCAGAGGGGUGGGGGCUUGACCCAGGCAGCCUUGGGAUCCUGGCUGAUGGGUCUGAGGCGAAGCCCUUCCUGCCUAGCAGGGAGCCGGGUGCGAACCUGCUGUCGGCCUGGGCGUUCCCAGCCACGGUGGCUGCUCUUGCCGGCCGGCCAGAAACCACAUGCGACGUGUGCGGCAAAGUGUUUCCACACAGGUCGCGGCUGGCCAAGCACCAGCGCUACCACGCGGCUGUCAAGCCCUUCGGCUGCGACGAGUGUGGCAAGGGCUUCGUGUACCGCUCGCACCUGGCCAUCCACCAGCGCACGCACACCGGCGAGAAGCCUUUCCCGUGCCCUGACUGCGGCAAGCGCUUCGUCUACAAGUCGCAUCUGGUCACUCACCGGCGCAUCCACACAGGCGAGCGGCCCUACCGCUGCGCCUUCUGCGGCGCGGGCUUCGGGCGCCGCUCCUACCUGGUGACGCACCAGCGCACGCACACGGGCGAGCGGCCCUACCCGUGCCCGCACUGCGGCCGCAGCUUCAGCCAGAGCUCAGCGCUCGCGCGGCACCAGGCCGUGCACACGGCCGACCGGCCGCACUGCUGCCCCGACUGCGGCCAGGCCUUCCGCCUCCGCGCCGACUUCCAGCGCCACCGACGCGGUGGCGGCUGUGUGGAGCCCAGUGGCGACGGUCCUCGGCGGGAGUCCAGCGAGGCGCCGGCCACGGUGGGGCCUGAGGAAGCUGAAGCCGAGCCUGAGGGGCCUGAGGCGGGCGAGGUGGAAAGAGAGCCCGAGACCGAGGCUGGGGGCGAGGCGAGAGAGGAGGCGACAGCGGCGGCAGAGGUGCCUACCCCAGGGAGCAAGGAGGAGCCCGAGCAGGACAGGCGGUUCGUGGAGCUGGGCAACGGCCUGGGGGAGGGCGAAGGCCCUUCCUCCCACCCGCUCGGCUUCCACUUUCCUGUGCACCCGAAGUCCUGGCUCCAUCCGGACGGCUUCCCGAUCCUGGGCCUCCCUGACUUCGGGGAGCGGCUGCCAGGGGACGGGCGCCCCUUGCCGGGGCCCAUGGGGGGCCCGCUCUCCCUGGUGGAGGGCGCCGGGCUGGCCUGCGACCCUUUUGGCGCCGGCGGGGCCGGGGGCGGCGGCAGUGGCGGCCUGCGCGCAUUCGGGCCUGCCGUCGGGGGUUUGCUGGCCGAGCCGGCGCCCGCCGCGCUGGCAGAGGAGGAGAGCCCGUGGAUCUGCUCCGACUGCGGCAAGACGUUUGGGCGCCGCGCCGCGCUAGCCAAGCACCAGCGCUACCACGCGGGCGAGCGGCCGCACCGCUGCGCAGACUGCGGCAAGAGCUUCGUGUACGGCUCGCACCUGGCGCGCCACCGGCGCACGCACACGGGCGAGCGGCCCUUCCCGUGCCCCGAGUGCGGCGCGCGCUUCGCCCGCGGCUCCCACCUGGCGGCGCACGUGCGCGGCCACACGGGCGAGAAGCCCUUCGUGUGCGGCGUGUGCGGCGCGGGCUUCAGCCGUCGCGCGCACCUGACGGCGCACGGGCGCGCGCACACGGGCGAGCGGCCCUACGCCUGCGGCGAGUGCGGCCGCCGCUUCGGGCAGAGCGCCGCGCUGACGCGGCACCAGUGGGCGCACGCUGAGGAGAAGCCGCACCGCUGCCCCGACUGCGGCAAGGGCUUCGGCCACAGCUCAGACUUCAAGCGGCAUCGGCGCACGCACACGGGCGAGAAGCCCUUCCGCUGUGCCGACUGCGGCCGCGGCUUUGCGCAGCGCUCCAACCUGGCCAAGCACCGGCGCGGCCACACGGGCGAGCGACCGUUCCCGUGCCCGGAGUGCGGCAAGCGCUUCUCGCAGCGCUCGGUGCUCGUGACGCACCAGCGCACGCACACGGGCGAGCGGCCCUACGCCUGCGCCAACUGCGGCCGCCGCUUCUCGCAGAGCUCGCACCUGCUCACCCACAUGAAGACGCACCGCGGCACGGCGGGGGCGCCCGGGCAGGCGGCGGCCCCAGCCCCCGCGUCCAAGGUCCAAGCGCCCGCCAAGGGGCCACUGGACGUGGGCGCGAUCACCGGGUCGGGGGAGCGCGGCAGCACCCUGCUGGAGUUCGCGGGCGGCACCAGCUUCAGCUCCGAGCACCAGGCGGCCUUCGAAGGGCCCUCUGGGGCUUAUGAGGAGAGCGUCCUGUGAGGGGCCCGAGGCCCAAGGAAGCGCAGCCCGCUAGGCCACCGGCACCUCCCCUGGGCGGCUCGGGCGCAGGCUGCUGCGCGCCCGCCCUAGCUCCUCUGGCCUUGGGGGGCUGAGGGUCCCAGUCCUGGGUGCGGUGCCUUCCCUCAGCCCCCAGUGCGCCGCCCCCGCCCCACGGCCUCGGGUUUUCCUCCCGCCCGGCCCCAGAGAACCGGGCCGCCACGUCCGAGCUCGGCCUGCGGUGUGGGAGCACUCGGGGAGAAGAGCAGCGCGCGGAGACGACUAGGGCAGAGGGCGGCAACGCCAACACGGACUGUGACAUCCCGGGUCUGUGCUGUGAAGUAAAGCGGUAGGGAUGGCAGGCGAUGCUAUUUAUUUUACUCGGAUUCCUAUUUGGGUGGCCGGGGGAACAAGUGACAUAUGAGUCUGUAACUGGGGUUUACAGCGAGGGCGGGGAGCCCUUGCGUCAGGGGAGGGGGGUGGUAGAGGGAAGAGCAACCAGCUGCUCAGGUGGGCCAGCGCUGAUGCCUGGGCUGCCGGUGGGUUUGGCUUAUGACUUCUUCCCAUUCCUCAGUGGGAGACUUCAGGGGCCCUCUGAUAAUUUGAGUGUAUCUGGAAGGUGUUAAGAACUGUGCUUGUGGCUGGGGGGGAGCCUUGUAGGUUUCCAAAGGAUGGACUUCUGAACCCUAACCUAGGGAAAUGGAAAUGCAAAUGGGAAAGCUUUCAUUCUGACUGGGUAUUUAUUUCCCUCUCUUGUAUGGCCUGAAGAAUCUGGGAGGAGAAAAAGCCAGAAACCAAAUUUGUGGCUGGGGCCAAUGGGUUGAGGUGUUUGCAGGGUCCCGAGGGAGUUUGAAGCCUUAAUCUCUGCAGUUGCUCACUCUCCUCACCCCACCUGAGCACUGAGAUCAGCCAGGUGCUAGUCCCACUGGUUGAGUUUUAGUCUCAGCUUCCUCUCUAAGUCCUUUGGUACUCCCACCUCUGGCAACUGGAGGUGGCACACUCAGACAUCUUUGGGGUGCCCUGUGCAGACUCUCAGACCUGGGCUCCCACUUUCAAUUCCCUGGGCUGCCACCUCUUCUCCAGCUGGUGGGCAUAUCCAGCCAUGCCCUUCUGAGCCUAACACUCAUUUAGCAUAAAGUGACUGAAGUUGGUCAAAGGAUUUUUUCCUACAUCCCACAAUUAGUGCCCUACAAUAUCCACAGGUCCCUUUAACUCUGCUUCUGUCAUUAUUCUACACUAGAACAAGUAGUGUUUCUGUUUAGAUUCCCAUUUCAUGGACUGGUCAGUGGAGGCACUAAGAGCCUGGUGGUUUUCACAGUGGCUGUGUCAGGGUGUGGGUGUGGACCUGAGCCCAUGGCUCAAUGACAAACCAAGCACUCAACUAUGCAAGACCCCUGCCUGCUGGGCACCCCACCCUGCAGACUGGGCCUUUGUGAGCCACCGGGUGGGCAGCUGAGGCUCAUAGGAAGCCCCCCUCCCUUCGUGUUUUUGGGCCAGUGUGAGUGGAGCCAGAGAACAGAUUUUGAUGCAACUUCAUUCCCUUUUAGACCUAGUUCCUUCCAUUGUAGUGUAGACAUGGCCUUGGGGGCUGAGAGCCAGCAGCCAGGCUGCUAGGGGCUGAGGGCGGGGUAGGAGGAGUGAUAGUCAGUGGGUGGGAAGAGGGCCUGGGUGGUGUCGGUAAGAAUUCGCCCGGCUGGGUAAGGUUAUUGGGUGGGGUGGUGAGGAGGGCAGGGAUCCCAGGGAGGCAUCAGGAAUGCUGGGCGAUGGCCUCUCCGUCCUGGGAUUCUGCUCUCCCUACAGACAAGAGCCUCAGAAAGGGCCAGGUAAGGUGGACUGGGAAGUUGGUUUGUCUCAGUUCUAGCCCCACAUGGCUGGGGUCUGGCACUGUCCCUGUCACUCCUGAGCCAGCUGCUGCUGCCCUGGCCUGCUGCUGUUGGCAGGAGGACCUAGCUUUAAUAAAGAGUGGAGAAACGAGCAUUCCGACUGGAUUCCAUGUUGUUGCCGCUGCUCGGUGCCUGUCAGGGAGGCUCUGUAAGGCCUCAGGCCCAACUUGCUUCUACAGAUGUUUCUUAGGAGUUUCUCUUUUAAGAAACUAGAAUUGGUCCCAGGAUGGCCCAUGGGAGUCAGCCCAAGAUGAGUUUGUUCCUGUGCCACUUGUGUCUACCAUGUCCUACUGGGAGCCUCCAUGCUGCCACACACUUGUCAUACACACACCUGUCUUGGGACAUAACUGUGCUUAGGGUUGUUGGACAACCUUCCAGUGGUCGAAGUGAGGGGCCGGGUCCCCUUCCUGGUGGUCCAGCCACAGUGUGCCUGGCCCUUUCGUCAGAGGCCCCAGCACCACAUGAAUUUAUCCUGCUCCAAUACCAUGGCAAGGUACACAUCCCAGGGCCCCAAAACACCUUCCUUUAAGCUGACUUUUAUUUUACCAUGUCUCACCACGAGAUCGAAUCUGACUCUGCCAUUCUUUCCCUGUAGGUUUGAGAGGUAUGAACUACGAAGUAAAUUUUCUUAUCAAAUGUGAUGUAGAGGCAUCAGAACAGAGCAACCUAAUGUUUCAAUUAAAAAAACACAACAGACUUGAGUGGCAGAUGUAUACUAAGAUCUAGUUAAAAAGUGGAUGGCCUUGAGGAUCUUAAAAUCUAUUCAGAAAUGCUAAAUAAUUCCUUGAUAGACCUUACAAUUGAUUGGCCAAAUACUUUAUUUUAUGGGGCAGGAGUGAGGGGAAUAUCCUCAAUCCUAUGGUCAUAGAAAAAAUGUAGAUGCCUUUUAUUACCAAGGAGGAAGGAAACCCCAGUGGCCUGUGUGACCUAUGAAAGGUGGCACUGCAGGGGUACUGAGGCUUUCAGCGUCCCUCUCCCCUCUGCCUACCUUUGUUAUUUUCAUUUCUCUUUUGCGGGUUUCUCCAGCCUCUUUCCUCUUCUGAUUCCUUUUCUCCUGACCUUUUCAUUUAAUCAUUUCAAACAUUUCCUUCUCUUUUUUUCCUUUCUCUUACCGGCAACAUGUGGAAUGAAGUAUUUUGAAUUAUUGGUUAUAUCUAUUAAAUAAAAGUUUAUGA